ACUGCAAGAUGGACCUACGAGUAGCAAGCAUCCUCCUCCUCAUGGUGGCCUUCGCUGCAGCCCAUGGGAAGGGGUAUGUGGUGAAGAAGUUGGUGAAGGCCGCCCCUCAGUACCAGCCCUACUCUGUGAAGAGCCACGUGGUGUCAGUGGCAGGUGAGCCUGGUGCUCCAGGUGAGCCUGGCCCAGAGGGACCUCCUGGCCCUCCAGGCCCCCCAGGUGAGAGUGCUGUAGGUGAGACUGGACCCCAAGGACCUCCUGGACCUCCUGGUGCUCCUGGCCGCUCCAUCGCUGGCAAACCCGGAACCCCAGGUGGACCUGGCAAACCAGGUAGUGAUGGAGCACCUGGUGAGAAGGGAGACACCGGAGCCACUGGCCCUCAGGGACCCAGGGGAGCCCCUGGACCUUCUGGAAGCCCUGGACCCGCUGGCCUCUCUGCUACUGGCAAGCCUGGACCAGCAGGUUUUCCUGGAGCUGUGGGACCUAGAGGCGAGUCUGGUCUGAAAGGACAUCCAGGUGUACCUGGACUGCCAGGUGCUAAGGGUGAUAGAGGGGUGGGAGCUCCUGGACCUCAGGGUGAGACAGGACCUGAAGGACCCAUGGGCCCACCUGGAGAACCAGGUGAGGCUGGAGUUGGAAAGCCAGGAAAAGCAGGUACGCCCGGUGAGCCAGGAAAGUCAGGUAGUCCAGGUAGGGAUGGUGCCACAGGUCCCAUGGGACCAAUGGGACCUAAGGGACACACUGGUGCUCCAGGUGUAGGUGUUCCAGGCAAGCCAGGAGAGAACGGCGCCCCAGGUCUGCCUGGCCCAUCUGGCCCUAAAGGCCACCAGGGACCUGCUGGAGCACCUGGCGCCCCUGGAGUCCCAGGAUAUGGAAAGCCAGGUGCAAAUGGAGAGAAGGGAGAGAGGGGAGCUACAGGUGCCACAGGUGCCACAGGUCCAAAGGGUGAGCAAGGUCCAACAGGAUAUACUGGUGCUACUGGUGCAACUGGCCCCACUGGUCCUGCUGGACCUCAGGGUGUAAGAGGUUUCCCAGGUGAAUCUGGUGCUGUUGGCCCUAAAGGUGACACAGGUGAUACUGGACCUCAGGGACCUAAGGGAAACAAGGGAGAUCAGGGACCACAGGGUUUCGCAGGCAAGCAGGGUUAUCCAGGUGCAGCUGGUCCUCCUGGUCCCAGAGGAGCCACUGGACCCACAGGUGACAAAGGUAAUGUAGGUGCCCCAGGUACCCCAGGUGCCCCAGGUAUUCCAGGCCCUGCUGGACCCAAAGGUCACACCGGCCGUGCAGGCGAGCCAGGUGCCUCUGGUUCUGAUGGCGCUCCAGGUCCCAGAGGACCUGCUGGGCCUCAAGGUCCCGCUGGUGCUCCCGGUCUUAAGGGGCACCCAGGUCUCCCUGGUCCUUCAGGCCCUGCUGGUUUGGCUGCUAAGGGUUCUCCUGGACCCCAGGGUCCUCCUGGUCAGCCCGGUGAGCCCGGUGCUGAUGGAGAAGCUGGCCCAGCUGGCCCUCCUGGUCCCCCUGGUCCUCCUGGUGAGGUUGUUUUUGAGAAGGGUAUGGGAAUGGCUGAGGUUAUGGUCAAGUCCCCCAUGUCUGCUUUCACUGCAUCUCUGGCCACCCCAUACCCUGCUGCUGGCAGCCCCAUUAAGUUUGACCAGAUAGUGUACAAUGCUGAGAAUCACUAUGACCCCGAGACUGGCAUUUUCACAUGCCAGAUUCCUGGAGUUUACUAUUUCUCCUACAGUAUCCAUGUCAAUGGAGCUCAUGCCCUGGUAGCUCUGUACAAGAAUGGUCAGCCUGUGAUGUUCACUUAUGAUGAGUACAACAAGGGCUUCCUGGACCAGAUGUCCGGUAGUGCUGUCCUCCUGCUCGAUGAGCAUGACACAGUCUUCGUCCAGAUCCCUGAUGAUGAGGCCAGUGGCGUCUUUGCUGCCGAGAAUGUCCACUGCUCUUUCUCUGGGUUCCUCAUUGCUUCAACGUGA